AAGAGGCAGGCAGGCGCGGGAGAGAGCAGGACUGCAGGAGACGUAGGCGGCAAAAAAGGGCAGGAAGGAAGGAGAGACCACGCUCGAGACAGUCGAGACAGUCGAGGCAGCGCAGGAAGCAGCAGCCCGAAGGCAGGAAGAGGAGCCACUGGCCAGGACUCAGGAGGGCGGUACGGAAGACAGGAGGCAGGGGGUGGGCCACACCUGCAGCAUCGCACCUGCCCUGCACCUGCCUGCACCUCACUCCUGGCACUCACACACUGCAGGAGCGCUGGCCGGUGUCUCGCCCUCCUGCCUCUGCUCCCACGCUCCUUCCUGCUCCUGGGCUGGUUGGCUCCUGGUCUGUUGUUAUUAUGGCUUGUUGCUGGAUGGCUGGCUGCCGCCCUCCUUCGAACCUGA